UUGAUCGUUGUUGUUCGUUGCUUCCAUCAACUUCUCGACAGUCGUUCGCCAGUGCGUUUAACUACUAUUAUGGGUUUAUUAUGUUUCACGAGGCGUUCAGAGUUUGAUUAAAACACAAAAAUCGGUUUAUUCUAACCUUAAAUAAUGGAAAUCUUUAACGUAGAGAGCCGCGAGGCGGCUCUCCCUCUCUCUGCACUGCGUCUGGUUGUGCCUCCUCUUCGGCUAAUGUCAGCGUUUCUAUGGCAGAUGGUUCAGCGUCGUAAUGUAAUACAGUACGGGAAGCUGGAGCAAUUUGUGGUGCUGGUGACCGAGACCGUGCCAGACAUCAUGAGUCGAAGUCUGGUUAAUAAACUGAUCUUUCACCUGCGGAAAAAGGUGAUAUUGGAGCUUUGUCUAAGAGAUAAAAUGCCAGAUCUUUGGGUCAUUCAAGCACAUCUGGAUUCUCUGCGAAAUCUCACACAUAAAUGUAAAGAUGUGGAAAGUGAGAUCAUCAAUAACAAAUUUAUCAGAAUGGUGCACAACAUUUUAGAGGAUGCAGAAAAGAAAGAUAAUUUCAUCCAGCAUGUCUUCCCUGUAGAAUAUGGAUCUGGAUAUGAUGCAGUAUUACAGAGCCUUGCAUGGGAUUUCCUGUCUCGAGUAGAAGAUCUGCUGCCAGUGCCCAACCUCAAAGAGACAGCAUCCUGGCUUUGCGGUGGUCUUUCGAUGAUGGAGGAGAUUGUGCAGCCACUCUCAGAUCCAGCUGAGAUCAAGGAUGUUCUGCAGCAUUUCAAAACCAAAAGACUGCACACAAGAAACAAUGAGCAAUCUCAAAGAGUUAUCAGUGAAAUGUCCAUUCCAUCUACAGCUGAAGUACUUUGUUUGCCUCAUCCAGUCUCGCCUGACAUUACCAUUGAACAUGAGGAAACUUUGCCUCCCACCUCCAUAGCACAAGAGACAAUUAUCAUUGAAUCAGAAGGCACAGAGAACCAAUCAGAAUCUGAUCAAGCGGCCAUCGCCAUAAUGAGCCCUUCUCAGAGUUACACAGAAGAGGCUGAGCCUUUAGCGGGCAACGAGGAGUUCACAGCAAUAGCUUCCACUGAAGAAGCAGAGGAAGGCUUACAACAAGAAGAGGUACUUUGUGAAGAGAAAGACUCAGGCGUCUGUGAAGUCCAGCAGAUCUACCUAACCACAGAUGGCUCUACUGUGGUGGUGUCAGAGUUUGAAAACGAGGGAGAGGAGGAGACUCAACUGCAGUUUCUAGAUCAAUCAGAGAUGGUGGAAACGUCUGGUGUGAGGCAAGUCAGUUUAGAGCAGUGGAUUUCAGAAUUAACAGGAAAGGGCAUCUCUCUACCAGUUUUGCCUCCAACUCCUGUUGAGAUUGUGAGGGAAGAGACCAUCUACGUUCCUGUCAUAGAAAGACCACCGUCUGUGAAGUCUAUCAUCCACAGAAAGAGCAGUCCGCCUCGAGCCGCAGUUUCCAAAAAGGCAGCGGCCACUCCUUCUGAGUCCCAGACAACGCAGGAGGAGAAAAGACACAGCUGUCCCGAGUGUCACAAAGAGUUCCGCUUCGAAUGCCUGCUGAGGAAUCACAUGCGUACUCACACGGGCGAGCGGCCGUUCCAGUGUUCAGACUGCGGCAAAAGCUUCAGGUGCCUCAGCUUCUUGACCAAUCACAUCAAAACGCACUCGCUCGCCAGACCUUUCAAAUGCAUACAGUGUGUCAAGACUUUUCGCAAGAAAGCAGACCUCAUCAAACACAUCCGUGUGCACACUGGCGAGAAACCGUACAAGUGCACCAUCUGCGGCAAAAGCUUCUCUCAAGGCUCAUACUUGAAGAUUCACCGUGAAUGCCACACCUCAGAGAACCUGCACCAGUGUCCUCACUGCGACAAGAGUUUCCCGACAGCAUUUAAGCUGUCCAUUCACAUCCGCUACCAUUCCAUGGAGCGCUCGUAUCAGUGUAAUCAAUGCGGGAAGAGCUUCAUCUACGCCAGCCUCCUUCGAAGACACAAAGGUUAUCAUGCAGGCGAGCGGCAGCAUCUGUGCUCCAUCUGCGGCAAGUCCUUUGUCUACAUGUUCGACCUGAAAAAGCAUCAGCGCAACCAUGAGAGACCACGAAUCAAGAUCCCGUGCACCCUUUGUAACAAGACGUUUGCAGGACCCGAGAUGCUGAGGUGCCACCUGCGCAUACACACCGGAGAACGUCCAUUCCGCUGUAAGAUCUGCGGAAAAGCCUUCUCUCAGAUCGGGAACAUGAAGAGACAUGAGCGCGUGCACACGGGCGAGAGGCCGUUCACCUGUGAAAGAUGUGGGAAGACAUACAAGCACUCGUCUCACCUGAAGAACCACAUGCUCAGCCACACGGGCGAGCGGCCGUGGCAGUGCUCUCAUUGCGGGAAGAGCUUCAAGUUUGCUGGGCCUCUUAAGAAACAUGAGAGAACUCACUUGGUUGAACGAGGAAAUCGUAGAAGAAGCUACGACCAAACACGUAGCCGACAAGAACACAAAAACCCUUAAUUGAAAGUAGGGAUUUAACAAUGAUCAGCUGACUGCAUUAACUUGUCAUUAUUUUUAAAAGUUAAUAGAAGUUUGUAUUCCAAACCAUGCUUUUACAAUGCAACUUAUAAUUGAAACUGCACACAGAAAUACUUUAUAAAUUCAUACUUUUUGGUAUUUUAAAGGAAUAGUUUGCUGAAAAUUUACCCUCAGGCCACCCAUGAUGUAGAUGGGUUUUGGAGAAAUUUGCUCUCCAAAGGAUCCUCUGCAGUGAAUGGGUGCUAUCAGAAUGAGAGUCCAAACAGCUAAUAUAAUAAUAAUAAUAAUAAUAAUAAUACGCAAGUAAUCCACACCACUCCAGUCUGAAGUUGUAAAGUUCUUGAUUAAAUUAUUUGUUAUUCUCAGCUUUUUGCUUCACAAGACAUUAAUUGAAGGGCUGAAGUGGUGUGGAUUAUUGUGAUUUUUUUUUUUUAUCAGUUGUUUGGACUC